UGUGCGAGAGGCUAGCGCGCGUCUGAGAGCCCCUUGCCGCCGCUUCCCUGCAACCACCCGCCUCUCACCCACCCCGCACCCCCUGCACCCGCCUCCGCCUCCACCCGCGUCUCUCCACCCUCCGCGCCGCCUUUGCCAUCUCUACAGAUUUCACCAUCUCUCUUCCUCUCUCCCCCUCGUUCACUUUCCUCCCAGUCGCCCCCUCACCUCCCGCUCCCUCCUGCGUCCUCCUCCUCUCCGUCCUCCCCCUGCUCUGGUUCCUUCUCCAUCGCAGCGCUCUCCUCUCGCCCCUUGGGCUCCCCUCUCGCCCGCCCACCUGCCCCGUCGGCCCGGCCGUCCCCCGGCGCCGGGGAGCUCCGGGCCGCCCAUGAUGGGCUCCGUGCUCCCGGCUGAGGCCCUGGUGCUCAAGACCGGGCUGAAGGCGCCGGGACUGGCGCUGGCCGAGGUUAUCACCUCCGACAUCCUGCACAGCUUCCUGUACGGCCGCUGGCGCAACGUGCUCGGGGAGCAGCUCUUCGAGGACAAGAGCCACCACGCCAGCCCCAAGACAGCCUUCACCGCCGAGGUGCUGGCGCAGUCCUUCUCCGGCGAAGUGCAGAAGCUGUCCAGCCUGGUGCUGCCAGCGGAGGUGAUCAUCGCUCAGAGCUCCAUCCCUGGCGAGGGCCUCGGCAUCUUCUCCAAGACGUGGAUCAAGGCGGGAACCGAGAUGGGCCCCUUCACCGGCCGCGUGAUCGCCCCGGAGCACGUGGACAUCUGCAAGAACAACAACCUGAUGUGGGAGGUGUUCAAUGAGGAUGGCACGGUGCGCUACUUCAUCGAUGCCAGCCAGGAGGACCACCGGAGCUGGAUGACCUACAUCAAGUGUGCACGUAACGAACAGGAGCAGAACCUGGAGGUGGUCCAGAUCGGCACCAGCAUCUUCUACAAGGCCAUUGAGAUGAUCCCACCUGACCAGGAACUGCUGGUGUGGUAUGGAAACUCACACAACACCUUCCUGGGGAUCCCAGGUGUGCCCGGGCUAGAGGAGGACCAGAAAAAGAACAAGCAUGAGGACUUCCACCCGGCGGACUCGGCGGCUGGCCCCGCGGGCCGCAUGCGAUGCGUCAUCUGCCACCGCGGCUUCAACUCGCGCAGCAACCUGCGCUCGCACAUGCGCAUCCACACGCUGGACAAGCCCUUCGUGUGCCGCUUCUGCAACCGCCGCUUCAGCCAGUCGUCCACGCUGCGCAACCACGUGCGCCUGCACACGGGCGAGCGCCCCUACAAGUGCCAGGUGUGCCAGAGCGCCUACUCGCAGCUGGCCGGCCUGCGCGCCCACCAGAAGAGCGCGCGGCACCGGCCGCCCAGCACCGCGCUGCAGGCACACUCGCCCGCGCUGCCGGCCCCGCACGCGCACGCGCCCGCCCUCGCCGCCGCCGCCGCCGCUGCCGCCGCCGCCGCGCACCACCUGCCGGCCAUGGUGCUGUGAGCGCGCCCGCGCCCCCGCCGGGCCCCGCGCGCUCCUGGGUCCCCGGCACCCCGGCCCCGCAGCGCUACUCGCCCUCCAGCCCCAACCCCCGGCCCGGCGCCGCCACGGAGCCCCGCGCGCUGGGGUUGCGCCCCGGAGGCGGAUCUCAGGCACCCCCGCCUUGGCCCGUAUCGCAGAUGAGGACAAUGAGGGCGGCGUCCCUCACCCAGGCCACGCAGCUGGUGCGGCUGUUCGGCCGCCUCCUCUGGGAGGGGGUCCCCCUGCCUGGCCUCGCCCCCGAGUCUCCCUGCUGCUGUACAGCCGGGCGCCCAGGCCGGCAUCCCCCUCGUGGGUGGCAGGAGAGCGGACUUAGAGCCCCCGAGGGCCCCUCAGCAGAGGAAGGGGAGUCCCCUCUUCCGCCACCGAGAGUCCUGUGCUUCGGAAUGAAGGGAGGGCGACCUCCUUGUCCGGGUGUGGUCGGGCGCGGGGGUUGUGGGGGCGCCAUCUCCUCUUCCGGCCCCUGGGACUGGUAUCCUGAAGUGUCGGGAGUCCUUACGCAACCUUGACAGGUGCGGGCUACUGGGGUCCAUCGGCAGCGGGAAGAGACCCGGAGAGACAUGCAUCUUCUGGGCCCUUCUCUCCUUUAGGCCAGCUUACCCCCAAACCUGGCUCCUGGGGACGGAUGAGGAAGGAGCUCUUUGCAGUGCACCAGGCACGUUGAGAGUGGAGGCACAAUGGAAAUCCUCUGUGGGACCCCGAGCAAGACCCUGCACCUCUUUGGGCCUCAGUUUCCCCAUCUGUAAAAUGAAGGAGUUGGACCAAUGCCCCCUCCCCUUCAGCUGUGACAUCGUGCCUGGGAAGGCGAAAUUUCCCCCCAGCCCCUUCCAACAGACACACUCCAGCGAGAGGAGGGCAAGACUGGAAGCGCUGCCCGAGAGGUUAAGGUGGCUUCUGUGGCCACGAAGCGCUUCCGAGCUGUGCCCAGUCCCGGGAAUUCCGCCCAGUCUGCCCACACUUCCCUCGGUCCCUGCCCGUUUCCUCAAAUUCGGGCCGUGCGCGCCCUCUGGUGUCGCCUCUCACACUUUGCAGUCAUUUACCAGGAUUCCCGUAGGGCGUUUUGUAAAAUAAACUAUAAUAUUAAUGAAAAGUAUAAAAUGUAUAGAGUUUUCAAGAAACUGUGUUCUACUUCCAGAAGAUGGUCACUUUAACCUUGUAAAUAUUUAUCUAAAAUGAUAUUUACAAAACUGUGAUAUAUUAUUAUUUGACUGUAUAUGUACAACUGUAAAUACAUUUGUACCUCUCUUGUAUUCUAAAAUAAAAAUUACUUGGAACAUUUAUCAUUUAGCAUCUGAAUGGGUGGACACUU